CCAGUUCGGACGGUGGUCGUGUUAACUGCACCGCCUCAGGCGGCGGCGGCGGUCAGGUCCAUUCCCCCCCUCGGCCGCGUCUCUUCUGUGCUUCUUCUACCAUGGCAGUGGCGAUCUCCGUGGCGGCGCGCCGCCUCCUCUCGCGGCCCGCCCGCUGCUGCCGGGCUUUCUGGUCCGCAUCGUGGAGCGGGGACCCGGAGGCCUCCGCCGCAGCGUCCCCGUCGCCGUCGCCGGAGAAGAAGAAGAAGCUGCCUUCGUCAUCCGAGCACCGCCUCGCGGACGUGAGGGACGCCGUAAACGAACGGAAGCUCCCUCCCGAGCUCCGCGGCCGCCCCAACGCCGUCAGAUCUGAGACUGACAUAGUGAACGUUGUGGAACAAAGAAUAUGGCAUUCAAUGGAGGAAGGGCACUUUGAAAACCUACCUGGGAAGGGCAGGCCCCAGAACCUCACCACAAAUCCUCACGCAGAUCCUGCAGAAGACACCCUUUACAGGAUACUUUCGAAGAAUGGUUGUGCACCAGAAUGGGUAGAGCUUAACAAGGAAAUCCGUGGAAUGAUUGCGAGAUGGAGGUCAGUGUUGAGGAAGGCUUGGGCAAACCGCUGUGAACAAAAUGGUUCUACCUGGCACGAUGAUCGCAGGGCUCUACAGGAGAAAAUUCGCCAAAUAAACGACAAGGUUUUCCGAUACAAUCUUAUAGUACCCUUUGGACGGCAAAUGUCUGGUCUUAACUGGGACAGGGAGUUCGAAAAAUUGAAAUUGAAGUAAGGAAAGAGCACUGGGCUGCUGCUAGUCUACUAGGACAUGCUUUCAGAGUCUUGGAUUUGUUGUAUGUUAGUAACCUAGUUCGUCGAGUAGGAAAUCAAGAUAUAUAGUAUAGCCAGUAGAUCUUAUGCAGUUAUGUUUCUAUGAUUCAAACCCAACCCAUGGGAGUAAAGCUUUACAAAUUACACAAUAUUACAAGCGAUGGGAUCUUGAAUGCAUGGAGCUACAGGUGCACAUGGCACCCCCGGAAAAUUGGAGAUUUUUUAACCUUGUAGUCAUCAAUCUAAUUCUACUACGGAGGGAGUGCAUACAUCUGUUAAAAAUACGUGUAAAUGUAAUUUGAACUAUGAACAUUUAGUUUGGCACCCCAUUUAAUCCUACAUCAGCCACCGGCUAGAGGUGGUAACUUGAUGUA